AUGAGUGAAAGGAGAAGAUCUGCAGUCGCCCUGAGCUCGCGAGCACAUGCCUUCUCCGUUGAAGCCUUGAUCGGCUCAAAUAAAAAGCGGAAGCUGCGAGACUGGGAGGAGAAGGGGCUGGACCUGUCCAUGGAGGCGCUGAGCCCCGCGGGCCCACUCGGAGACACGGAGGACGCGGCCGCGCACGGCCUGGAGCCUCACCCGGAUUCCGAGCAGAGCACUGGUUCAGACUCUGAGGUGAUCACUGAGCGGUCUUCCUGCUCCUUUGACACUCACGCUGACCUGGGCCCUGGUGCUGCAGGCCCUGUGCCUGCUGCCAUGUCUUCCAUGGAGGAGAUUCAGGUGGAGCUGCAGUGUGCUGACCUCUGGAAGAGGUUCCAUGACAUUGGAACCGAGAUGAUCAUCACCAAAGCAGGCAGGAGGAUGUUUCCUGCCAUGAGAGUGAAGAUCACUGGCCUGGAUCCACACCAGCAGUACUACAUAGCAAUGGACAUUGUACCUGUGGACAAUAAAAGAUACAGAUAUGUGUAUCACAGCUCCAAGUGGAUGGUGGCUGGCAAUGCUGAUUCCCCUGUGCCCCCAAGAGUUUAUAUACACCCUGAUUCCCUAGCUUCUGGAGAUACUUGGAUGAGACAGGUGGUCAGUUUCGACAAACUCAAGCUGACCAACAAUGAAUUGGAUGAUCAAGGACAUAUCAUUCUUCACUCUAUGCACAAAUACCAGCCUCGGGUUCAUGUGAUUCGCAAGGAUUUCAGCAGCGACCUUUCACCCACCAAAGCCGUUCCUGUUGGGGAUGGAGUGAAAACAUUCAACUUUCCUGAGACCGUGUUUACCACAGUCACAGCCUAUCAGAACCAGCAGAUCACCAGAUUAAAAAUCGACAGAAACCCUUUUGCUAAAGGAUUCAGAGAUUCUGGAAGAAACAGAACCGGACUGGAAGCCAUCAUGGAGACUUAUGCAUUCUGGAGACCCCCUGUGCGCACGCUCACCUUUGAAGAUUUCACCACCAUGCAGAAGCAGCAAGGAGGCAGCACAGGUACUUCCCCAACCACCUCCAGCACUGGGACACCAUCCCCUUCAGCUUCUUCUCAUCUUUUAUCUCCAUCCUGUUCUCCUCCAACAUUUCAUCUGGCCCCCAACACUUUCAACGUGGGCUGCCGAGAGAGCCAGCUGUGUAACCUAAACCUCUCUGAUUACCCACCAUGUGCCCGAAGCAACAUGGCUGCCUUGCAGAGCUACCCAGGGCUGAGUGACAGUGGCUACAACAGGCUCCAGAGUGGCACUGCUUCAGCCCCUCAGCCCUCCGAAACCUUCAUGCCCCAGAGGACUCCAUCCCUGAUCUCAGGAAUACCUACUCCUUCCUCGUUGCCUAGCAACAGCAAGAUGGAAGCCUACGGUGGCCAGCUGGGGUCCUUCCCCACUUCCCAGUUUCAGUAUGUCAUGCAGGCAGGCAAUGCAGCGUCCAGCUCCUCAUCACCACACAUGUUUGGGGGCAGCCACAUGCAGCAGAGCUCCUACAAUGCCUUCUCUCUCCACAACCCUUAUAAUCUAUAUGGAUACAAUUUCCCCACUUCCCCAAGGCUAGCUGCAAGCCCAGAAAAACUGAGCACCUCUCAAAGCACUUUACUCUGUUCUUCUCCUUCCAAUGGGGCCUUUGGAGAGAGGCAGUACCUGCCUACAGGGAUGGAGCAUGGCAUGCACAUGAUUAGCCCCUCAGCCAAUAAUCAGCAGGCGACUAACACCUGUGAUGGCCGGCAGUAUGGGGCCGUCCCAAGCUCCUCCUCCCAGAUGUCCGUUCACAUGGUCUAG